GUUCUGGUGGAUCUUCCAGGGCUCUCAGACAUGGUACGAACACCUUCGGGCUUUCGGCCUUCUACAAAAGUGACAGCCUCGGUUUAGGUGGAGGACCGCGCUGCUUAGCGGAAGGGUACUACAGGGAGCUCUCGGUCACGGCCAUAGUGACUCCUGCCAUUCGCGCAGUUGACGAAAAGACGGGCGCCAAACUGAUGAGCAAUCAGCAAGAGCUUCGUAUGCAGCUUGACGGCAAGUACAGAAAGGACAGUUUCUGUGUUAUGGUCACAAAGAUGGAUGACAUGGAUUGCGAUGCCUUUUUGCAAAGGCUGCAAGGACGCAAGAGAAGAUGCUGGGUUUCAGGAGGACGCCGAGGAGAUCAAGUCCGUCUCAACCAAAUGCAAUGAGGCGCACAAGCUUCUGAAGAAGGCCGAGCGGAAGCUGGAGUCCAUGACCAAAAAUGCGCAAAUCUGAAGGACAAGAUGGACGCCCUUAAAGGCGACAAGAACCAGCGAAACAAGGUACAGAAAAUGAGAAACAAGCGGAGGGAUUUGACGCGAGCUGGGGGCAAGCAACUCACGUUGAGGAAGAAUCUCUCUAACUACGCAGCUCAACUCGACUGCGCCCUAGCAAGACUUGAAAGCCGGCGGAAGUACCGUUGCGUCUUCAUCCGCAACCAGUACAUCAAGAAGCGGAUCCGUACGGACUUUGGCCGGCGCCAGAGGAAGCUGGCCCGCCUCGCUGAGCACCACAAGGAGAAGUACGAUGGCUCCAUUGAAGUCUUCCCAGUCUGUGCCACAGCGUUCCGCGACCUCUUGAAAAGAAAGAAACCGAUGCCAGGUUUCCCAUCGAAGCUAUACACGGGCAUUCCUAGACUGCGCCGGUGGUUGGACGAGGCAGUCCUCCCGUAUCGCAAGGACCAUCUCGAUUCGAUGCUUCGCAGACUUCAGCGCCUCUACGAUGGCAUCAAGUGCUGGUCCGAUGGCGACAGCCGUGGCAUGGUGUACUUCUCGCAGCUAGAGAUCGAGACAUCGCUGAAAGGCAGUCAUUCCAAGUACCAGGAUCGAAUCCAAGCGGCCCUCACUCGUGCUGCGGACGAUAUCAAGCAGCUGAGCCCAUUUCAGCACAAGGACGAAAAGCUCGCAUCCUGCAGGUCGAAGGCUGUCCAAGCAACCAGUCGUUGGCCGUACAAGUUUCCCGAUGAUCUCAACUCGACCAAGAAAAUGGCAUGGGUGACCUUCCAGGCUAUUCUGGCGAGGCGCGGUGGCCCUUUCCAGAGUACGGGAGCCGGACGUCCCUGCUUGCAUGUUCCCGCUGCGCGGAUGCAAGCCACAGGCGCCGACAGCCCGCUCAACCAUGCCAUGCUUGCAAAAAUAACAAUGAUGUCAUCAACGAACUCAACGCGUAGAUGUGAACUCAUGACCAUCGUCAGGAUUGAUUAGGUCCAUAAACGCCCCUCUGCCGAGGAAGCACCUGUCUAUGACCGCAUACCAAUACCCAGAUAGUGGAAUCGACAAGGCGCAAGCCAUUAUGGCAGCGGUCUGUCUUUCCAUGUACGUAAAAUGCAACGCGGGCUCGGCGCCCUU